AUGUUUAGUAGAAUUUGUAGUGCUCAGGUAAAGAGAACUGUGUGGACUCUCCCCAGACAGGCUCACUUGCAAUCCCAGACAAUUAAAACAUUUGCCACAGCACCUAUUCUGUGCAAACAGUUCAAGCAAAGUGACCAACCAAGACUAAGAAUAAACUCAGACGCGCCUAACUUCGAUGCUGACACCACAGUCGGCAAAAUCAACUUUUACGACUACUUGGGUAAUUCUUGGGGGGUCUUAUUUUCCCAUCCAGCAGACUUUACGCCCGUGUGUACUACUGAAGUUAGCGCAUUCGCCAAAUUAAAGCCAGAAUUCGACAAGAGAAACGUGAAAUUGAUCGGUCUUUCAGUGGAAGAUGUUGAAUCGCAUGAAAAAUGGAUUCAAGACAUCAAGGAAAUUGCAAAGGUGAAGAAUGUUGGAUUUCCUAUCAUUGGCGACACUUUCAGAAACGUGGCCUUUUUAUACGACAUGGUAGAUGCUGAAGGAUUCAAGAAUAUCAACGAUGGUUCAUUAAAGACCGUGAGAUCAGUCUUCGUUAUUGACCCCAAGAAGAAGAUCAGGCUUAUCUUCACCUACCCUUCCACAGUCGGGAGAAACACCUCAGAAGUGCUAAGGGUUAUUGACGCAUUGCAAUUAAGUGACAAGGAGGGCGUGGUCACUCCAAUUAAUUGGCAGCCCGCCGAUGACGUUAUUAUUCCCCCAUCUGUUUCCAAUGAGGAAGCCAAGACUAAAUUUGGUGAAUUUAACGAAAUUAAACCUUACUUGAGGUUUACCAAGUCCAAAUAA